UGUAAGUCAAUCAAUCAUAUUGGUUCAUAGAGCGACUAACAAUUGGAGCAGAACAAUGAAGCUAAUCAUCAACGACCUUCUUCUCAAUAUUAUAUGUCCACACCACGAUCUCAAAAUCUGCCACCAUCACUAGUCAGUAAUUCUCACUCUGCCAAAAAUCAUCCUCGUCCUCGUCCCCGCCCUCUUGUGCGGUCACCUCCGAACUUCGAGUUGCCUGAUCACUUCGGGAAUACACUCCAUCAGAAUCAGUCAACUACUCCAUAUCAACCUCCACCUGACCCUUGUCCACUUAGUCCUCCUUUGCCAACCCCUGCUGAGUUGGUAGUGAAGGCACAGAAAAAGGCACCAGAAGUGAAGGCUGAAAAGAAGAAGCAUCAACGGGCUUUACCAAAGAAUGAUGAGUCGGAUUCAGGAGGAAGUGGGAAUGAAGCAUGCCCAAAGAAGAAAGGAGGUCGAACAAAAGGUGCCCUUACUUAUGGAGAUGAAGAAUGUCGAAAGCUUGUUGAACGAGUUGGGGACAUGUUGCCGAUUGGUCAGAAGGGUUGGGAAGCAGUUGUUAGCAUAUACAACAAGUGGGCAAGAAAGAAUGGCUAUCUGGAGCAAGAAAGACGGCCACUGGCCAAUAAGUUCAAUAGCCUUGUGACUAUUGCGAAGACGAAACCCACUGGUGAUGCUGAGCGUCACCAGAUGUAUGCUGAAGCACUUAUGGCUGUGUCAUAA